AGUUCGAUACCGAGCGCCGAAGCGUUCGGUUCGCAUUCCCCCUCGAUUCCGUCGGCGUGCGCCGUCAUCGUCAUCCGCGUCACACACCACGUCUCCGCGCGUCUCCGAAGCGGUGAAACCCCCCCACCUCCCCUCGCGUCCCGAGCGCCCUGACCGCCGGGGGAUGACGCGGCAACGGAGCGCGCCGCGGGGUUGCGUGCUGCGAAACACGCGGAAACCUACCGCGGGACAUGUGCGCACCGCGCAAUUAAAAGAACCGCUACAAAGUGUCUAAAGUCGCGAGGAGCGAGAUUGAACAGCGGCCUUUCGCGGGGGGAGGGGGAGGAGGGCCUGCGACCGAAAGGCUUCCCAUUCUUCCCUCUGUCAAAAGGGAAAAUAAGCCGCCGCUCUCUGACGCGGGACGCUUAUUACGUCGAGUCGGGCCGGUGUGCCGGACAAUGCUCUGGACCAUGUGCACCUUCGAGGGGCUUCGCAUUGUGAAUGAGCUUUUGAAUUCCCGGGCCGUGGCGAGCGGCGGUGAUACCGCGGCGACGAGGGAGGGGACGGCUCUUCUCUUCAAUGGGUCCUCGUGCGAGGAUGGGAGAGCUUCGGGCGAAGAAAACGCAGCUUAAGUGCCAUCGUUAGCGGCUCGCCUUGUGAAUCAUGUGAGGCUGCGAACACGCGCAACCCUUUCGCCUGCCAGUCAUCGCACGUCAUAAUCAAAUUCAGGUGCAAUAUCGCCACGUCGUCAGUGAUCUCGCGCCACCGGGUGUGCAUUCGUGUGCGUGUGUGUGCAUGUGUGUGUGUGUGUGCGUGUGUGUGCGCGGGCGAAUCACCCUAAUUCGCUCAAUUUGACGUCGUCAAUCCGGAGAGACCCGAAAGCCCGCGCGCGUUACUUCGAGUUAUACCGGAUGCUGCGGCGCGCGAUCACAGCGGCGAGGAUCCGGCGAGCGCGUCGUCGCCGGGAUGAGGUGGCGGCCGGACGGCCGGCACCGGACGGACUUCCAAAUUGGGACGAAUAAGCUGCGCCGGCGAUCGAACGCGGGGCCACUCGCCCCUGCACGUACGUAGCGGCGAAUAUAGAGCCGGGCGCUCUCUCACCCUCGCCCGGAGGCGGAAGGCCAAAAAACAACGACCCCGAUCAUCUCCCGCGCCCUCGUCGCCGUCCCUCCGGGCGCGCGAUCGAUGUCUAUAUUCCGCGGGCAGACGGCGCUUCCGGGACGACGACGGCUCCCAUGCAUAUGCAUACAGCGGCGUUGAAGCGCGCGAAUCAACGGAGUCAAGGUCGAAUCGACGGCCGUCUCGCCCUUCGUCGGAACCCUGAUAUCUGAAUCACGGACAGAUGCCGUAGUCGGAAAUAGCGCGCGCUCGAUAUCGUCUCUCCCGUGUUGCUACACGCCGCUGCUGCCCACGGGCUAAAACGAGCGUGUGCCAUUGUCUCUGAUUGGCCGGUAGCCGAGAGCUAAGAUCGAGCCUCUCUCGGUCUCGCUCUAUCUCCCCGUUGUUUGAAACUUGAAGCGGAUAUACCGCGACGAUAUAAUGCGAACGUCGCGUAGACAGCGAUCCCCCCUCCGCGGGGAAAUGGAGAUAUCCGGCGUGGGGUUUGGUUUACGAGUGUGUAUAAGUGGGUUGCAAAUCGUGAGAUAUAAAGUUUAAUGGUCGACCACCCGGCACACGGGCGUUCGAAUGUUCCGCGUGAGCGUCUCUAAUGACCGAGGUAUCGGACGGUAGAAUCGAAUUUAUGAAUGAAAACGCUACAGUAAACGAGUAAAGUAAACGAGUAAUAUAAAAUUUAUCAAACGAGCUCGAAAGACCGCCGUGUGCGACCGCGAAAAUAUUUCUAUUCACCGAACUCUAAAAUGCCGGAAUGUAAUUCGUUUGGAACUUUGGAUCAUUCACCGCUCUCGGCCAAUGUAAUGUUUCAUAAUUGUCUGUGAUUAUCUCUAUAAAGGUGGAAAAUUGAUACGCGCGGAUUGCCCGGGCAACGACGUAAAAUUAUAUAUACGAUGGGGAAAUGAUGUGAAAAUAUUUAGUACUAAAUUGACAAUAUUGAAUCUCAUAGCGAAAUCUCGGAGCAAAAAUCACGGAUGGAAAUAACGGUGUGCGGCUGUUGCUGCCAUAAAUUAGGUCAAUGUUUCAGAAUCUCGCGUUCAAUCUCGGCGCGGUGAGCGCGUUAACGCGACUUUAAACUCGACGGGGGCUAAAAAACUGAUGUGACACGCGAUGUUUUACCCCGUGGCGACGGUGCGACAAAAUAUGCGAGCGCGAAAGUGGUCCGCGCGAUAUUCAUUUUGAGAGGAGCCGCUUUAACCACUUCGCGCGGAGGACCAUUUUGCUAAGUACGAGGGAUGACAUGCGAACGCCGACGUCACAUAAAAACGGAGACUCGCGGGAUGCCAACUCGAAGAAGAAUCGACAAUUCCGCCGCGUGUAGCGCUUUACAGACGUGGGUGAAUCGGCAAGACAGGAUACCCUCCCGCCGUUCCCCACCGUGGUGGCAGUGACAUCGUGAUCGGCAGGGUCCAGGGGCCCAUGGCCGGGAAUUGUUUUCGCCGGUUCUGGUGGUGGCUCCCGAUCGCGAUCCUAUCCUCCGGGUGCUUCCUCCCCGCGACCGAGGCCGGCCGUAUUUCGUGCACGUCGACCUAUCCCAAGGAGGCGCGCGGCGAGCGGUCCGACGCGGACAUAACGAUCUUCCUGGGCGAGAGAUGCGACGGGGAGGAGAUCAACGUCACCGAGAUACAGGAUCACUUGGAGCGCGCGGCCGAACUGGCCGGCGAGCUCUCGAUCAGCGUGAUGCCGAGAUCCCUGACGUGUGAGACGGAAACCGGGGGCCUCGGCGCGCUGAUCCACGCUCUCGGCGAGAGCGGCACGAAAGCGGUGAUAGCCGCGCUCGACAGCUCGAUCUGCGAGGUCGCCGCCAAACUCGCGUAUCUUGGGAAUAAACCUCUGCUAACUUGGACCUGUCCGCUGAGAGAUUUGAAGGAAAGGGAUCUGUCUCCGAUCAUUAGGCUCUCUCCGUCGUUACCGACAUUGGCUGAUGCCGUAGCGGAAAUGUUUCUGACUUUCCACUGGAAAACCGCGGCUGUCAUCAGUGUAGAUCGCGAGCCAUGGUCCAGCCUGGACCGUGCCGUCAUCGGCGCAUUCCGAAGGAUCGGCAUCGUUCUGCGGUACCACUUGAUUCUACCCCAUCGCGCCACCCUCGAGCAGGUCCGCAGAAUUCUCAAGUCCGCGCACAGCGUCUCCCGUCGUGCAACGGUGCUCUGCCUGCCGCUGCUCGACGAGACGACGAGCCGCGUCCUGAUCGAAUUGAAUGUCGCGUGGCAAACGCACAAUCAGAAUUCCGUCAUCCUGAUGAUCCACCCGGAGGAUAUCGACCUCUUCGUUCCGAGAGACGACUCGCCAUCCGCGUCUCCGCUCCCCACCGAUUCGACGACCUUGGCCCACUCCGCGAUUACUCAGUCUUCCAAUUUUUCUACCUCGAAUGUAACUCGCGCCGGCUCGCACGCGGCCCCGGAGAGUGCGGACGAGAGAAUGCGAAGGGUGCAGCAGCCCGCGCGAAGAUUCGCCCCACCGAGAAAUCUCAGCAGCACCACGAUGGAAAAUCUACUUGUGGUCGCGCCGCUUGAUCAGAGGUACGAUGUGAGGAAAAUUCUCAACGGCACGCAGGAUUACGCGACGCUGGCGUUGCUCGAUCGUCUGAACGAAUCACUGACCGUGCUAACGCGCGACAACAGCAGUCUCGACAGCCACAACAACAAGAUGUACACGUACACCCUGAUGAACUGGCGUGACGCCAGCUGGGAGCCGAUCCUCACGGUGGUCGAACGGCAACAGCAGUUGCUGGUCCACCAGCUGACACCAAGUGCGGUGGCGUUUCUCAACAUCGAGGCGCCCGAUCUGCCGUCGUGCGACGUCGACGGUGAUUGUUCGAAUGGCUUGGCCGACAUGUCUUUCCGUACAACACAUAUCGUAGCUAUUAUUCUGGGGUCGCUGCUGUUCACCUUUGUCGCUAUCGCCGUUGCGAUUAUAAUCCGAAAACGGCUGCUUAAGAAAAGGAUAUCCAAGGGCCCGUACAAAAUCAUUCUAACGACGACGGACUUCGUUUUUCCUCAAGUGCCUCCAGUAGAUUCGAGAACGGUAGACGAGGGCAUCGAGGCGAUGCUGUGCUGUUGGCUGCAGCAGCUGCAGGAAUUCGGCGGGCCGGAAGUCGAGAAGCCGGACCUGCUGCAGCUCGGCAGCGUGAACUCGCUGAAGCCGUACCUGCAGGCCAGCGGCGGCGGCGGCGGCGGCGGCGGGAACGUACCUCGGCACACCUUCUUCAAGGAUCCACGCGCUAGAUAUAACGGUGACUUGGUUCAAUUGAAGGAGCUGCCCGUUCAAGGUACGUUCGAACUGAAGAACAAGGCCAUGGACGUGCUGGUCACGAUCCACGGGCUGCGACAUGAGAAUCUCAAUCCCCUGAUUGGAUGCCUUAACGAACCUACGAGACCUUGUCUAGUGUUGGAGUACUGCUCGAGGGGUUCCCUCGAGGACGUACUCGUUCAGGACGAGAUUAAACUCGACUGGUCCUUUAGAUUAUCCUUACUCACCGAUCUUGUACGGGGUAUGAAAUACCUUCACAGCACUCCGAUACGCGUCCACGGCUAUCUAACGUCGCGGAAUUGCGUGAUCGAUGCGAGGUGGGUCUUGAAAGUCACCGAUUACGGACUGCCCGCUUUUUACGAAGCUCAGAACAUAGUGCCGCCCGCGAAAACAGCUCGAGACCUGUUAUGGACAGCGCCGGAACUACUUAGGCACCCGAAUUUGGCAAAAAGGGGAACCCAGCCGGGGGACGUUUACAGUUUCGGAAUUAUCAUGCAGGAAGUUGUUGUUCGCGGGGAACCAUUUUGUAUGCUCGCCCUAUCUCCGGAAGAUAUAAUCGAGAAAGUGAUGAAGCCACCGCCUCUGAUCAGACCAUCGGUUAGCAAGGGCGCGGCGCCACCGGAAGCCAUAAACAUCAUGCGUCAAUGCUGGGCAGAAACUGCCGAAAUGAGACCCGACUUUGACGAUGUGCACGAUCUCUUCAAGAAGCUAAAUCACGGAAGAAAGGUAAAUUUCGUGGAUACAAUGUUUCAAAUGCUCGAGAAGUACUCGAAUAAUUUGGAGGAACUCAUUCGCGAGCGUACGGAACAACUGGAUAUGGAGAAGAAAAAGACCGAGCAAUUAUUAAAUAGAAUGUUACCUAGUUCAGUCGCCGAAAAACUGAAACUCGGCAUGCCCGUCGAUCCCGAAGAGUUUCGCGAGGUCACGAUUUAUUUCUCGGACAUCGUUGGCUUCACGACGAUAUCCGCACGCUCAACGCCCUUUCAGGUGGUCGAUCUCUUGAACGAUCUGUACACUUGCUUCGACGACACGAUUAACGCGUACACGGUUUACAAGGUGGAAACUAUCGGAGAUGCCUACAUGGUUGUAGGCGGCUGCCCUGUGAGAAUACCCGAUCAUGCAACUCAAGUAGCAACUAUGGCGCUUGACCUGUUACAUCAGAGUGGAAAGUUCAAGUUAAAACACCUUCCGGACACGCCGCUCAGGCUACGCAUCGGUCUUCAUACCGGCCCGUGCUGUGCCGGCGUGGUAGGUUUAACAAUGCCGCGCUAUUGCUUAUUCGGCGACACGGUGAACACCGCCUCGAGGAUGGAGUCGACCGGGGCGCCGUGGCGUAUCCAUCUGAGCCAGGCGACGAGGGAUCGAUUGAUGCAGGUCGGUGGAUACCACAUCGAAUACCGCGGGCCCACCGACGUCAAGGGCAAAGGCAAGAUGCCGACGUACUGGCUCCUCGGCAAGCAGGGUUUUGACAAGGAGCUCCCCAAGCCACCACCCCUUCGGGAGAACCAUGGGCUCGACGAAAGUCACAUGCUGGGCAAUCACCAGAACGGAAUGUCGAGCGACUCGGCGUGCAGCUCGCAGCUACCGGUGAUCCCGUCGCAGGACGAGACGCACGAGGAACCGCCGAGCCCGCUCGAGAUUAAACCGGACCGUCAGGAGUCGGUCAGCAGCGGAGGCGUCACCAACGGCAGCAGUCGGGCCGCGUCCUUCGAGGAAGCCGGCGUCAGGAAGGUCGCCGUGUCCGUGCACGGCGACGAGCGCACGUUGCUGCCGAGCUACUCGUUGAAGUCCGACUUCAUCGAGGUGCUGCAGGGCAGGCAGGACACGGUGGCGAGGACGGGCGAGGGUGGCGGCGGUAGCGGCGUGACCAAGAGCACAUCCGGCGACAACCAGGCCUCCUUCGGGGUGUCAUCCUCGAUGUCCGCCGCCGCCGAGCCGACGAUCCUCGGCGCGUCCACCAGCUCGCUCACGUCGAUCACCAGCGCGGCGGCAUAUCGACAGCCGUUGGCGAGGCAUCGCCGCUUCCCCACCGGAUACAUCGACGAGAACGAUCUCAGCACGCCGUACAAUCAUUACAGAUGUCUGUCGCCCAACGAGUAUCACGGGAAAGGUCCCGGAUAUCGAAUGCUCAAGAGGCAAUUCAGCCUGGACCGUCCGGACGAACCGGUGUCGAUAAUCCCAGAGCAGCCCCCACCGAGGACGACUCCUCGUCUCUACAAGCAAAAUAGCGCGGGCGCGGCCAAUGACUUGGAGAGAAUCGAGGAAGUGCCGCCAAACACCCCUAAGGCCCUCCUACAGAAUUAUCGUCACGCCGCUUCCGUAUCCCUCUCCGUUGAAUCCCUAUCGUUACGUUAAAAAAUCCCCGUCGGAGAAAAUCUUACGAGCAGAAGAUCGAACACGCGCGUCGCGUCGCAUCGCGUUUAGUGCGGCGAACGAUUCGCGCGAAGGGUCGUAACAAAAUUCAAAUUUAGAAAUACAGUUUAUUUAUAAUUUAUUGCAAUGUAAUUGAUAAAAUGUCGCGUAAGCGAAAGAUACGGAUUUCGAUUUUACGAAUAGCCGUGAGUCUAUUUUUAGGAAAAAAAAAAAGAAAAACUCAAGAGAUCUCGGUUGAACUGAGAAAGACUUAGAAGUUGAUCAACGUUGGUGACACUGAUCCUCGACGAUCGAAUGAUCGAGAGAGAAAUGUCGACUCGAAGACUCGAUCGCAAUAAUUUGUCUUUGAGAUAUCUUUAAGGAACCUUCUACGCGUAAGUAACACAUUAAUAGAUAACAGUUGCUGCUCCGUCUGCAUUCUUAUCUGAGUGUGUACUGAUGUGUACUUUGUAUUGGUGUCUGAUAAUACCCGCGGGCAGGGAAUUCGUAACGAGCGCAAUUCGUGGUUAGAGAUUUAAUGGUUUUAGGGGUGUGUUGUGAAUCGUUUACGAGUAAUCGUUGGUGCAAAGAGAAAACUUCCCAGGACUUACCAACAAUCCGUUCUUUCUCCUCCGACGUGUCUGUACCUGUCUUAAAUAAUUCAACGUUUCACCAAACUUACGAUCAUCUACCAUUCAACAAGAAAUUAUCAACGAGAGGAUUUUAACGAAAUCUCUUGGAUAUCUAUUGAUCGUUCAAAUGAUACGCAAUGUUCAGAGCUCUGAACAUUGGCUUUUGGAUAUCCAAGAGGAUCCAUUAAACCUCCAUGCCUCAUGUUGUACUAGAUGUAAACUCAAUUUCUUUAUUAGAACAUCGAAAUUUUUAACAAGUAAUGUGUCUCUCGUUUUUAGAUUUUUUCACUACACUACGUAAGAGCGAUCGUUUUUUACCUUGUAAGAAUUAAAAAAAUUGUUCUCCUUCCCACAUGAUUAUCUACUAUCUAUUAUCGUCAACGAUCUUAUACUCUCGCUAGAUGUAUUUGUAAAACGAAUCUAAAAUCGAUUUUAUUGAAUGGAAUUUUAAUGUUAUAAGAUCAUUUCCACGUAUCUCGUGGGGAAAGUAAGAAAGUUCCAAUUCCAUAAAUUUAGCAUGCAUCUUAGACUAUCAACAAAGGCAAGGCAGAUAACAAGAAAAAAAUAUUUAACUACGAAAGAAAAAAUAUUUCACUAACUAAUCAAUAAUUUAUUUUUUUUUUUUUUUGCUAAAUUUAUUUUUUGCUAUAUCGCGAUAAGAAAAAAUUAUUCUUUAUACAAGAAAAAACCAUGGAACAUAAUGCUCGUACAUAUAUUUAAUACGUCUCUAUGUAAUAAUUAUAUUGAAACUCACGAUCGAAUGAACUAUGAUGUCGAGAAAGAAAGUUACAUAGGAAGUAAUUAAUUACUAUCUCGCGAUUAUGGCAGCAGAGAAGUACAUCGUCAGUCAGCAGGUACGUAAAUAUAAUAAAUGUGAUUAAUAUAGUUAUUAUUUCCGGCCUAAUGAUUUUGCGACAAAGUGUGAAGAAAUCUCAGUCUUCUGUCACAUGCAGGUUUUAUAAUAAUAUCAAAUAUAUUGAAGAUGAAAGUGGGUCGGUGUGCGAAAAGUGGAUAUACGCUUUAAUCAUAAAUAGAUAAAGAUUUUAUCCACAAUUGAAUAAAAAUUUUACACACAA